CACUGACUGUCCAUAAUCCAUAGGCAUAGCCAACUUACGCUCUGCCACUUUGCCUAUAUGUUCAGGUUUGGCUCUUUCCCUUUUCCUCUCCCUCGUGACCUUCUCUCUUUCAAUUGCUAAUUUCUAAACAAACAUUCAUUCUCUCUUCAUAUCCCCUUCCCAUCUCUCUCCUUGUCCUAUCCUAUUCCUAUAUUCUCCAACUCUCCAUCCCACCUUUUUGGCUUUUGCCUGCAAUUGGGACCUUUAAAAUCUAUGGUAACCCCAAAAACUUACUUUUUCUUUACUUUUUUACCUUUCUACUUAGGGUUUAGGGUUUUGCACCUUCUAAAAAAGGCCUUAUCUUCCUGGACAAUCCCCCAAUUAGGUGUGUUACACAUAGACACAAACUCUCAAGAUAUUUAUUCAUUUCAAACUUUCAAACAAAGUUAGUUCCUAAAAAUCACUUCUCUCAUACUUGAUAUAUAAACAAACACUUCAUUGAACUAAGGAUCUUGUUUAUAGCAAUGACACCAAGUUGUGGAAGAACCUAUGGCUAUGGAUUCAAUUUGCACUUCAUUAAAUCUUGUUCAUCCACAUCCACCCUAACUUCACCUACCUCUUCAACUACCUCAGAAACCACCAACUCUCCCCAAUCCCAAUCAAUCUUCACCACCAAACCUCGAACCCUCCGAAAGCGACUCAACCAAACCUACAACGAAGCCGCGACACUCCUCUCCACAGCGCACCCCAAUCUCUUCUCCGCUAAAAACCUAAUAAAACCCCAACGCUUCACCAAACCGUUAACGGAACACACCAACGACUCUUCAGAACCGUUAUUACUGUUCAGAGAGUAUCACCAUAACGAUAACGGUAACGGUAAGGGUAACGGUAACGGUAGCGACGCUUUCUCUUUUCUACGCGAAGGAAAACGCGGUUUGAGAACGGGGCCAAACAAGGCCUUCUUCGGUGUGCGAGAGAAGCCAUGCGAGUUCAGCGCGGGAAUAGCGAACUGCGACGAGUUCGAGAGCGAGGACUUCGACUGCGAAUCGAUUUUGGACGAGGAAAUUGAUGAAGGAAUCGAUAGCAUCAUGGGAGGGAGAGUGGAAGACGGAGGCGGCGGCGGUGGUGGUGGUGGUUGCGGCGAAUUUUGUUGCGGCGGCGAACGGCGGAGUCCGUGGUUUGGUGUGAGGGCUCUGCGGCGAGUUGAGGAUGCGAGCUGGUGGAAUUUUCUGGUGGUUGAUAUGGUUGAGAUCUCGCCGGGGAUGAAGAAGGAUGCGACGGAGGGUUUGGUUCCGGCGACGGAGAAAAAGAAUAAUAAUAAUAAGAAGAAGAAGAAGAAGAAGAAGGUGAAGAAGGAAUUGGCGGAGAUGGGAGUGGGUGAGGGUUUGUUGCUGAAGUUGAAUUACGACGACGUUCGGAAUGCUUGGUCGGACCGGGGGUCGCCGUUCGCCGGUGGCUCGCCGGGAAAUGGCGUCGCCGGCAGUGUGAAAUCUAAAAGGAAAAAGGACACGUGGACAGGGAAUUGAGAGAUGACAGAAAGAAAAGGACAGCGCAACGCCUGUGCCCUAAUCAGACUUCAGUUUAAAAACUUCAACCAAUGAAGGCAUGAGGUGUUAAAGAAAACGAAUGAAGGCAUUAUUGAGUUGAAUUGUUCACAUUUUUUUAUAAAUUAAAAUUAACUUUUAUAUGUGUUAA